UAAUAAUAAGUGUGUUCAGCUGUUUUCUUAAAAUGUAGCCUGGCUUCAUUAUAAGACUUUUAAACUUUUAAACAGGGACUUUUAUGAACGCUGGCUGUUAUUAUAUCGUAUGUUAUUUAUAAUCAUUGUUUACAGCUGAACUCUGUACGGAAAACACCAAACAGUCCCCGCACAUAUCGCUCAUGUGAGGUUAUUAUUGAUUGAUUUAUUAGUUAAUCAUUGAUGGAUACCGCCCUCCCCCCCCCCAGCGUUCGCGCGUGCCUCUCACGAGGAGGCGUGUCUCUUCAAUAUUCAUGAGACGGAGAGAGCGAGAGAGGUGGGGGGGAGGGGGAGGUGUGACGUCACGUGACUUCGCCCGUGUUCGUUCCAGCUGAGCGCGGACACAGCGCACACACACACACACACACGCACGCGCGCACACACGCACACACACACGGAGGACGAAGAGAGGGAUCACCAGAGAGAAAGAAGAGGAAAAAGCGAUAGAGCGACUGGAUGAGAAAGAGAGAGAGAGAGAGAGAGGAAAAAAAAAAACACGAUAACAUCCGACCAAUCACACGCGCUGCUGCGACUGGCGUCUCGUGCACGGGUUUUUUUUCGCUCGUUUUGUUUUCAUUUGCUGUUUUUUUUCUUGAGAAGGACGACGCUGCUUUUCCUGCAUUUCUGCCACUAUUUUCUGGAUUUUUAUCCCCUUAAAUAACUUUUUUUCAUCUGGUUUUUAAUUGCAAGAUCUGCUUCAAGCAAUAUCUGAACUGGCUGAAUACAAAUAAUAAUAUUUUUAUUAUUUUUUUGCGAAGUUUUUUGCUGGAGCUGGAAAGCCAGGCUGGAAGGGAUUGUACAGAUUUGACAGAUUUGACAGAUUUUACUCUCUGGAUUACAACCACAUGCACAUACAUGCAUGACUCCCCUUCUCUGAAAUCCUCUCCUGAGAAGCCUAAAGUAGUGAACUCGUCCAGCAUCAGCUGAUGGCCGGGCCGCUCUCUCAGCUCCUGCCCCCUGACCUGCCCCCUGCUGGAGCCAGCCCGCAGUGUGGCAGCUCUAACCAGCCAGGAGGUUCCCUGAGCGGUGGACAAAUAAACUCUGUGGCUAACCUCAAAUCCCUACUGCAGCUGCCAAUGAAGGGGGAUCAACGCUUCAGAGACUGUUGUGAAAUCAAGGAUAAGGACCGGUUAGAUGUGGAUGAGGACUCUAUGGGACGUUGUACCAUGCGUGGGAGGGGCACCGGUGGCCUCGCGUCAGAUGGCAGCGGCACGAGCACAAGUUUCUCCAGCGGUGCUAACGGGUUCAUGGGCGGGCCGCUGUGGGAGCGGACGCUACCGUGCGACGGCGGCCUGUUCCAGCUGCAGUACAUGGACCUGGAGGAGUUCCUGACGGAGAACGGCAUGGGCAGCAUUAACGGCGCCUCCAACGCCGCACAGGUCCCCUCACAAAGCUCGCAGUGCACGCCCACUUCUCCACUGCCCUGCUCUUCAUCUUCAUCGUCAUCAUCUUCAUCUUCAUCAGCCUCCGCCUCCUCCUCGCCCACGCUGCUCGGCCUGGACAUGAUGAGGAAUAACGACUGCCUGCACGGCACUCCUCAGGGCAGCCAGGACCCCUCCCCAUCCCCCUCCUCCACUUCCACCCCCCCACUCACUGCCCCACCCAUCACCAAUGGCAACGACAUGAUGGGGACCUUUGACCCCGACCCUGUGGACGUGGCCCUGUCGAGCGUCCCGGGUCAGGAGGCGUUUGACCCCCGGCGGCAUCGCUUCAGCGAGGACGAGCUCAAACCGCAGCCCAUGAUCAAAAAGGCCCGCAAGAUGAUCGUCCCCGACCACAUGAAGGAUGAGAAAUACUGGAGUCGGCGCUCAAAGAACAACGAGGCGGCGAAGCGUUCGCGGGACGCGCGGCGGCUGAAGGAGAAUCAGAUUUCCGUCCGGGCCGCGUUUCUGGAGCGUGAGAACGCCGCGCUCAGGCAGGAAGUGGCCGACAUGCGCAAGGAACUGGGCCGCUGCCGCAACAUCCUCAACAAAUACGAGAGCCGGCUGGUGGACCAGUGAGGACGAGGAGGAGGAGGAGGAGGAAGAGGGGCGAGAGAGAGCAAGAGAGAGAGGGGGGGGAGACCACUGAAUGUGAUAAAGGAAGACAUGCAGGGAUCAGGGCUGCAACGAUCAUUCGAAAAAGUCGAUUAGUCAUCGGCGAUUACG